CACAAACAGAGUAAACCCCUACUGCCUUAAAAUUAGGGUUUAUCAUGGCGGCGGCAGCCGAGGAAGAGUACUCAUUGUAAGGAGUGCCGGUUCCUAUAAAACAGGCCUAAAUUUCUUACUUUUCUUUCGUUACCUUAGGCCAAAUCUAGUGCCAUUCCGAUUGCUACUUCUCUCGUUAAUUUGACUGUGUGACUGUUUGUUUUGUAAAUUGAUUGUGGUGUUUGGUUCUCCUUGCCUCUUCUUUCGGCUACAAGGGUUGAGAUCUUGAUGAUCGAUUUCUUGACGGCUUUGUUCUGGGGGCAUAAAUUAACCCAUUUUCUUUGAGGGUCGUUGAUGAAAACCCAGAUCUGUUUCUGUUUCAUUUCUGGGUUCCCUCUAUUUGGGACAAUCCUCUGUUUCUCUUACGAUUUUCAGUAAUCUGGCCAUUGAUUCUUUUCGAUUCACCAAUUGCCCUUUAAAAUCUUUGAAAUACUUGGUAAAUAAAUAAAUAAUCAUGAAAAUACUAAUUAUUACUACAGUAUAUAACUUCUGGGUGAUUGUAGAAGUUAACAAAAGAUGGAUUUCGGCUAAUUAUUAGUAAUUGGUAAAUAAAUAAAUAAUAUUGUUACAGUAUGUAACUUUUGGUUUUGGGUGAUGGUAGAAGUUAACAAAUAUGAAUUUUGUUAAAAUACAGAAAAAUAUGGAGUAUUAUUUACCCAUUUCUUUACAAAAGGAUUUGAAAAUUGAUUUUUUUUUUUAACCCGACAAUUUUAACUUUUUCUUCUUCUUUUUUUGGAAACGGCGACCAUUUUAAUUGAAUUAGUAAAAGAGUUUAAAUUGAUAUGAAAGUUUAAUUUAAAAUUAUAAAUAAGAUAUUUUAAUAUGAUAAAAAGAUAGAGUUUAAGAUAAACUAUAAAGCUGUUAUUUAGUUAUAUAUAUUUAUAGAAAAACUCUAGAUAACUAGGAUCCAUGAGAGUUUUGGAUACAUCGAGAUUGAAUAAUAAUGAUUAAAAGGAACCCAUAGGAGAAAAUUAGAGUUUUAUUUCCAGUAUUCUAAUCAAGAUGGAUGUAUCUCUAGAGGCACUAGCCAUGGCAGGGGAGGAUCAUUCCAACUUGAAGUUGGAUGCUGAAAAUUGGGAGAAAAAGCACGUGCUGAAUGUGUUGAACCCUCCACCGCAUUUGCUAUCUCCGACAUCAAGAGACAAUGAAUUCGAUUGUCACUUUGUCUUUUAUUUUCCAGAAGAAGAACAAGAUUGUGAUAAUCAAAUAGAAGAUGAACAAGUAUGUCAUCUUUGUAAUAGAACAAGCAACUCCGGUGAUAUGAAGAUUCCGAAGAAAACUAAGAGAUUGUCUGAAGGUUUUAGAUCACUUGGAAGGAUGAUGAAAAAGAUCUCGAACAAGAUAGGCAAAUUCUUUAUUGAGAGAUUGAUGAAGAAGAAGAAAAAGUCCAAAAAGGUAUGUUGUAUUUAAUCUAACUGUGACAAAAUCUUCUUCGACUUGUCCGAAUGGGUCUGCUGAGUUUUGUCAUGGGAAGCUUUAGAAGGUGCGAAAGUAGAUAGGAUGAAAUCCUGUCAUUAGGAGGAGGAAGUUUGGUAUUUUGUUGACAAUUAAGAUCAUCUAUGUAAUUUUUUAUGUUUCUGAUUAGCUAAUUCGUACAAUACAGUUUUUUCUUCUAAUUAUCAUCUUAAUUUAAUCUUCCUAUAAUUGUUCAAAUUCUUUUGAUAAAUUAUUAUGAAUAGAGUAUUGCUAGAUUUCAGAUUUGCAUAUUUGAAGUAUUAUUCUUGAGCAUGAUCGCAGGUGUUUUCACCUUUAUUGAUUUCUUGUUCAUAUCCACAACAUCGAUGCAAAGCAGAGGCUAGUAGCUGAUCUGGUGGGACUAUGGCAUGAACGAGGCCC